AUGUCGGAUAGAGGAAAUUCAGCGCGAGGAAGAAAACGUACUCUUACAGAUUCUGCAAGAAAGAGGAACAGAAAAGAUGCCCAGGCCGCUUAUCAGAAGUCGAAAAUCCACAUUGGAGACGAGAUUGAUCGUUGGAAUGACCUGAAAGACCUGUUACGUCUAGAAAAUCAUACACAAGUUGCUAAAAUUCUGUUGGACAGGUAUGCAAUUCAAGACAGAAAUAUCAGUCCAAGAAAGAGAUCAAACUUGGAAGGCAAUGAAGUGUUCAAAACACCAACACACACUUCUCCCAGUACCAGCAUGAAAAGUGCAACACCAGAUCACAAAGUCACGACUCCCAGUAAAAAAUCAAAAUAUGAAGAAUUUAAAACUCCAUCAAAUGUUGCUCAAUCCAGUCCAAGUAUGAGUUAUGCAACACCAGAUCCAAAAGCGUUGACUUAACACCAGGUCCUCUUGCUGACA